UAAUAUAAUAAUAUUAUAUUAUUUCAUCUGUAAUUUAGAAUUUCUUCUUUUCUGGCUAUUGAGUUCCCUGGCUCUUAGAAAAUUUGGUUUGAGGAAAUCCAGGAUCUCUGACCUUAAAAUAAAAAUCCUGUCCUCCUAGGAAGAGGCCCAGAUGUCAACAGAAGAGAGAACCAUUCAGCAGCAAUCCCCUCAUGCCUUCUGUGACAAAUUUCCUAAGUUGAUCUGGAAUCUAUAUGACAGAUUGUUGGUGCCAAAGGCCAACAAACUUCAUCUAUGUGAAGUAUGGACCUUUGGAAAAACAAGAAAAUCCAAUUAGAGAAGAAAACCCAGAAUGAGGAAGGCAAAAGGUUUUGGUUUGUUGUUUUUAUUUUGCCAACUCAACUAGAAUGCAAGAAUCAGAAAGUUUAUAUCUAGAAAGGGAAAUAAAAAUACAUACAGAUCAGUCUCAAAGCUUUGCCUUUCAUUUAUUGGUCUCCAUGCCCAAUUAUAUGCCUCCCUUUCAAAUCAAUGUAUUCAUUUUUAUUUUUUUUUAGCCCAUGGAAACCUAAUACAAAAUGGCAGGAACAUAAUUCUAAUUUAUUUCCAUUUCAGAUUUUUAUACCUGUAAUUAUGUUUGUGUUAAAUUAGAUGAAAAUGUCAAUCCACCAAUUUGCUUCUUCCUUUGUAACCUUUUGCAUACAAAGUUUAUCAUUCUGACAAAUAAAAGGCCCCUUCAACCUUGACACCUAAGAAGAAAUGCAAAUUGUAUUUUUCCAAAUUAGAAAACAACUAUCAAUCAUGUCAUUUAAAAAUUAGGUGAGGUAGCCAAUGAAGUUUGAAUUCUCUAGCUGUUUGGAGUUUGUAGGAUUAAAAUAAGACAAGUUAAUAUUAAAAGAGCAAAAUUAGCGUGUGUAGAUAUUAUAAUUGUUAAUUCAUGUAACCCAAAUAUCAAUUGAGGGCCUGAAUAGACUGCAGAUUCCCUUUUAGGAAAAGCAUUUUGAAUCUUUUGCUUGGUUUCUAAAGUGUGCAUACAAGUCCUAAAAUACAGAAUUCUAGUUCAAUUUCAAUGAAAUAGAAGCAAGCAUUUUCCAAGAUACCUUACCCUAGCUUUGUCCCUUCCCAGAAACUAUCCCAUUUCUUAUUUAUAUGUAACAUUUCAUUUCACAAAUUGGUACAUCAACCUUGGCCUUUCAAAUAUGAGAACCUGUUUUCCUGGCUGUUAGCUGUCUAAGAGCAUGUCUUUCCAAGUGUCAAGCCAAGCUAAGCAAGUCCCAGAGGAGAGGAGCUCGUUCCUCCUCUCCUCUCCGGUACUUUUCGUGGCUCCCUUUCCAUCAGAGGCCUUUCCUUUGCUCUCCCUCCUCUUGUACUCCAAGAUUACCACUGUCCCUGAAUUUCCUGCAGGCAUAUAUUAUGAUUCCUAUUUUACAGGUCCUAAUCUAAAAUACAGAGAGCUUAAAUGACUGAGCCAGAUUAUAAUGGAGAGGCAGAGGGAGAGGUGAGACUAGCAGGUCCGUAUUCACACUGACCUCAGGGUCUUGAGUUUUUCAUUUCUCAAAGGCAGGACUUGUGUUUGUUUCUGCGGCUUUGUACAGUUCCUAUGAAGCACGUCUACCCAGAGGUUUUUCUUUAAUGAUGAUGCUAUGCCUUGGUGUGAGUGAUGUUGACAGCUGCCUCCAUGGUGAAUUUUAUAGGACCCCCCUCAUCUGUCAACCUAACUCCCUUCCUGUCCCAACACAGUGUGUUUGGAUUAAGUUUUGUCUUCAGCAUGUUAUGUUCAAAUGCAAAUAAGUUUCCCUGGAAGGAUAACAAAUUAUUCUCCUUUAAAUUUAACGUAUGUCAUUUAAUCAUAUUCUCAGAGAAAAAAGCAGAUUCUAAAUCGUGUCUUUCUAACUCAAACACAUGAAUCUAAAAUGGGAGUGGGUGAGACAGACGUAUGGAUGUACUUAGUACUGAAAACCUUACCUAUGCUCCCACCCCUCCUCAAUUCUUGACCCCUGCCACUGUGCUCUCUGGAAAUCAGGGUCCAUUUUCAGCAUAAUGCUUUCUACCCUCCAUCUGUCUUCCGAAUGUUUUCUCUACCCUCUGACUAAAAGGCUGACUCUCCCCCUGAGAACCUAGCUUUGCUGAAACUCCCUAAGUGGCCAUCUUACCUUACACAGUCCUUGUCCUUCUGGGCCAGGAGGGGAAGGAGGCUAGAUCUCCUCGUUGCUGCUUUGAGCAUUUUGCCUAUUUCCCUUCCCUUCUCCCUGAAAACCCAUUUUGUACUUUCCUCAAGAGAUUACAUCAUACUCUACCUUUCAUCGUUGCUGUCAUCUAUCCCCUCCUGGGUCGCCCCGUUUCUUUUCUCGAUCAUUUCAGCUCCAAUACUAUUCUUGCUUUAAUUCUUGCUGAAUUCAAUAUACAGAUGGAUGAUCAUAUUAAUACUCUGGUCCCUCUGUUCUUUGAACUUUUUAAACAGUCUUGUCUUCUACUUAAGUCAAUUAUUCCCAUGGUCAUACCCUCCAACCUUUCUCAAAGAGGGCUCCUCAUUUGAUCCACAGGAUACGGUAAAUAAUUUGAGUGAAUAUUUUCUAAAAUCUCUCCAGGAUAGUACAUAACUAAUAUCAUUCUAGAUUCAAAGGAGUGAAGUUAAUUCAUUAUGUAUUUUAGAUACUUAUGGCAUUAAAUCUUAAUUCUCUCAGGGAAUCCCGGUUGAGAGGUCCUGCACCAAAGAUUGCAAUGCUGCAUAAUAAUCAUUUGAGGAUUCUAUCUCUGACAACCUCCUAUCUUUCCAGUUUCUUCUCACUAGUAGCCCAUCCCCCUGUCUCGAUCUCCUUAAUGACAGCUGUGAAGUCUUUUUGUAUAGAGGUGACACAUUCACAGGUUCUGAUAAUUAGGAGGUAAGCAUCUUGGGGGCCAUUAUUUUCUUUACAACAUGGCCCAAUUUCAACAAUCAUUAUCAAGAUUAUAGAUGGUGUUAUGUUCUUUCAUCUUGAGGCAUAAAAUGUCUAUUUGUCCCUCUUUUGAUGAUGUUUAAUGCCUAGUAAUGAACCCACUAAUUCGUUCAAGUUUGCAAAAUAAUGCUUUUCAAAUUUUUCACUUCAUAUUAAUGGUUGAACUAAUCUAUAAAGAGAUACGUCUCUUCAUCUACUAUCUUGUUACCCAUUAGUAGAGUACGUACAGGAAAGGGAAGAUAAAUGCUUGAUACUGUCCUUUUAUUUACCAGUUUUCAAGAAAAUGAACUUAUUCCCUAUCAUUCUCUGAAGGUGAUCAUUUUUUUCGGUAUCAUUGUGAACUCAUGUCUUGAAACAUAUUUGACAGGUUCAGUCCAUUCCAACUAUUGUGUUUUUUGAAGCACAGCUUGUUCCCUCUUUGUCCAGUGUAAGCCUAUUCAAGUUAGCUCCUGGAUCCAAUCCAGGAUAGCACAUUGCAUUUGGUUGUCACGUUUUCUCAGUCUUCUCUGGCCUACAACAGUUUCACAGCCUUUCCUUACUUUUCAUGUCCUUUACAGUUAUGUGAGUUCUGGUCAGAUACUUUAUAGAAUAUUCCUCGAUUUCUCAUCAUUAGGUUGGUUUUUUUAUCUUGGAAAAAAAUACCACAGAGGUGAAACGCCCCUCUCAUCACGUCAUUUCUUGGGAUAGGUGAUAUCAACACGACAUUAGUGGUCAUGUUCACCUUGAUCACUGGGUUAAGGUCUAUACAUUUUUGUUCAAUUAUUAACUGAAAGUAUUUUCCUUCCACUCUCCUUCACACAGCUCCAAACGACAUGCACUUAGUUUCUUUGAUCUCUUUUAAGACAUUAGGGACUGCAACUUUCUUCCUAAGGGCCCAGACAUAUGUGUUUUAAAUAUUCAGAAUUUUAACCCUCUAACUAGAAAAAAAUAGGCACCUCCAUGCGUGAUAUGGUGUAACGAUUUGAGGGAUAUACCAAAUGCCAUUCCAGGAAGGCUUGGCUUUUUGAUAUCCUUCAAUUCAUAGUAAUAACAUUCAUAUGGUGAGUUUUCAGAGACUACAUAGUGUAAAAUUGAGAUUGUACUAAAAAGUUUAAAGGGGAUCAUAGAUUCACCACAGAACUUGCUUAACUGACGUCUGUCAAGAUUUGGUUUGAUCCUAGUGAAACCCCAGCUCCCAAUGCAUCUCUCCCCAAAGGCUAUUUCAGUGACAGCAGAAAACUGAGGAUCUUACACUCUCCUGACCCAUCAGAUCCAAUUUGGGCAUACAUGAUUUACUGCUAGCAACAUCUUUUUUCCUGCUUUAACAUAAAGAGCAAAUGGGACAUUUCACAUACAUUACUGCAAUUAGUUCAUCAACUUGAACACAUUAGAAAGUGGAAAGGUAAUGUUAGUCACGUGUCUCCACCCACAUUACAAUAUAAAGCAACAACUUUGCUAGUCCAGUGGAAAAUCAGACACUGUUUGGGGUGACAAUGUUUGCAUUAAGCCUGCUUGUUUUUGUGAGUUUAAAAUGGUAAUCUAUAAUAACAGACCACACAUUUUUGAGGAACUCCAAAGACUAUUGGAUACUUUUCUUUUACACUUGCUGCCUCCUUUUAUCCCCACAUAUUCCCUGUGAGGCAUGGUUCUUAUGCCUAUUUACAAAUGAGGAAGUGGAGGCUCAGAAAACUUAAGAAUGGUACCCAAGGUCACGUAUCUUGCAAGUGAUGCCCGUACAGGUUCAUUAAAUCACUCUUUCUUCCCAUCUAAGACUGAUGCUGUGUUUUUGCUUUCAUAAAUAUGAUUUAUUCCCCCAAUGGAAAAAAAUCUAAACUCACCAGUUAUGAGAGAAGGAUAUCUAAAUUAAGGGAAAAUCUGAAUAAGAGAUUGUAUAGUAAUAAUUAUCUACUAUUUAUUUAGCACUGGCUAUGUGCUAGAGUCUAUAGUUAAUUCUUAAACCACCCUAUAAAUUCUUUCCUUUUUAAUGAGAAAAAAUUGAAGUUCACGUGGAUGAGUUAAUGUAAAUGAUGCUAACUCUUGUAGCACAUAAAUCCCAAUCUCAGUGGUUUAAGAUAAUAAAAGUUAUUUCUUGCCCCUGCAGGGUCCAAUACAAAUGUUCCUGGCUGGUGAAUAGCCUUCCGUGUGGUCAGUCAGGGCCCGGGCUCUGCCACCCUUUAGGGACCUGCAGUCUUCUCCGGAAUGCUCUGUGUGUUCCUGUUAGAAAUACUGUUUAUACAAUUAAUAUAGGCUUUAUAGGGUAACACCAAAUUAGAUUUCAGUCUUGUUCCUUCUGUGUUAUAUCAAUUUCAGAUUGAUGUUCAAAUUAAUGCAAGCUUCCUGGGCACAGGAAGUUUUAAUGCACUGGAACUGGAAGUGGCCUAUAUUUCUUUUGUUCAUAGUGCAUUUGCCAGAGCUCAGUCACAUGGACACUCCUGCCUGCUAGAGAGGCUGGGAGACAUAAUCGAAGUGCAUGCUCAGUAGGUAGGCGAAAUGGGUUUUGGUGAACACAUAGCAGUCUUCCACCCUUAGCAACUUGCUCAAAGUCAUAUAGGUAAUACUUGGCGGAACCAAAACUUGAAUCUGUUCUGAUCCAAAGCUUAUACUCUUUUCACUACAUUAUACUCCUUUCAGAUAUUUUUUAAAAGAAAUUUAGUUUUAUUAUUUUCAAGAAUAACUCAAAUUUUCUGUGGCAAUAUCAACUAUGGAUAUAAAUAAUAUCACUUUAAUUAUAACAAGCCAUAUUGGGCUGAAUCCUUAAACCUCACUCCUCAGUACUGCCAAGUACCUUCUCUAGUCCCCACGUUGUCCCUUGUCCAUGAUUAUAUCUGGGACUCCCAAAUGUCUGAGUCCCAUGUGCUCAUGAACAUGUCCUGACUGUCACUGAAUGGCAGCCACCUUGUUCUUCCCUCCAGAAUCAACAGUGCUGUAAAAUCACCAGUGCUUCAUAAAGGAAGACUUUUCUCCUUACCCUUCCCUCCAUUUUGUCACCUAAUGAGUCAUCUAAUGACACAAGAGCCCAAUGACAUACACUCACUACUGAAAAUACCUCCUUCAGGUUCUGUCUAUCAUCCUUCUCUCCUCAGUCUUCAGAUAGUAUCCAUGAGCCUGCCAGAGAAGCAGAUUCUAAAGACACAUGACUCUACCCUCCCCAUCACCCACUGCUCCAGUGUGGAUCCCUUCCAAAUAAGAGCUCUAAACUUCAACCCAGAGCCUUGGAGAUCUCUAACUGCCUAUAGAAGAAGUGAUACUGAGGAGGAAGGAAACAACCCCAGAGACCCACAGGUUGGAUGGAAUCAUAGAAUGGUGGCGCUGGGAGAGCCAAGGCUCUUCAAGCUCAGGCGUGGUUUCAAAUUGAUCCUUCUUUCUCACUUCAUCUUCUGCCGGCUCCCCUCAUACGCUCUGCACCUGGCACACACACUUGAAGGUACUGAGAGCAUCCCCGCCUCGAGGCUUUUCCCCUGCCUGCACUCUGCACCUGAAAAGCCAUGCUCAUAUAUUUUGAAUGGUGUUUUUUGUUUUUGUUUUUGUAAUCCUUUAAGCUCAAAUGUUUCAUCCUCAAGGCCUUUGACCACCAUAUUAUUCUCCAUCCUAUCUUGUUUAUUUCUCUUAUGGCACUUACCAUGGUUUGGAAGUUUCCUUCUACAUUGUCCGACCCUCCUGCUACAGUGUAAGCUCCAUGAGGGUUAUUUACCACGGCCUGCCCGGCCUGUAGCACAGAGUCAGCAUGAAGCGGAGGAAGCGUCACUGUUUCAGUCUCCUGUGAUCAGGAAGCAGACUUUCCAAUCCAGCUACAAGUCACAUUCCCACUCACUCAAAAGGCAUUUAUUUAUUUACCACUGUACGAACCACGCCCUAAGAGGUGCUUUUCCAGGCAGACUCUUAUUGAUCUGUUUGUGGAAGGCAAUGUCUUGCUGUGCUCAGUGUAGACUUCGAGUUGAGAUCCACCGUGCCCAUUUGGGGGGUUAGCAUUUGUACUCAGGAGAAGCGUCAUUAGCUGGCACAAUAAUGGUUCAUGCCCCUGUCUGUCGUUGCUUCCCUGGACAUACUGUCAUGCCAUAUUCCAGUGAUGGCCACCCUCUGCCCCUAGCAAGGAGAGUUGACAAAUUAGCUUAAUCUCACUCACUCUCCAAACACUAACCUGUACCAUCCUUGUAUUUGUCUCCCUUAACUGUCCUUUUGUUGACAUUUAGUUGCAAUAUCGUCAAUUUAUGUCCUCUUUCUCCAUCUACCAAUACUGUACCAUUUCCUUCUGUUUUUACAACCUAAUCCUUGAAAACACACACUUCUUGUGAUAUUCAUGCCCUUAACCUUGACUUCUUAACUCUCUCCUCACCCCAUCUUUCCCUGUGGCACCAUCAGGCCCCCUGUUAAGUUCUCUGUUCUUCUCCACAAAGCAGAAGCUGCAUUCCAGGUCUCUCCCGUGUUUCUUCCUCUGCCCCUCAACUGGCCUGACCACAACCCUAUUCCUAUGUCGUAUUUGCAGUGUGACCUGCACAAAGGGACAAUGCCUAGGGCCUACAGGAGGCUUAAGGACACUGAUUUUGUCAUCAGACAGUUGCUCCGGUCCUGGUGCUCCCAGCUUCUAGCUUUGUAAUCUGAUGAAAGUCGCAACUGCUGUGAGAAUUGACUCCUGCAUAAAGAUGAAAUAAUACAACUUCAUGAUUUUUAUUGUGAGAAUUAAAUAAUGUAUAAUGGCCUUAGCGAAGUUUGGCACACAGAACAUAGACAAUAAAGUCAGCUAUUUCUUUAGAAUAGUGUUGGGAGGUUCUUCACCAUCGAAUAACCAAAGCCUAAAAGUACAGCAUUAGUAGUUUCUUUCUUUGGAAUAAGCAUUCCUUUCGUGGUCCUUUAGGAAACAAUAUACCCUUAGGGCAUUGUAUCCAUCAGGAUUCUGACAGGAAACAGAUGGCACACUCAAAAAGUUUUAACUAAAGAGAUUUUAAUAAAAGGUGUGGGCAGAAUUGAGAGGAACUCAUAAGGGAUGAGGAAGCUCCCAGGGCCCAACAACAGCAAGGAGCUAAUACUGCCCGUAGAAAAUAACACGGUGCCAUUCCAACAGCAGGGAAUAAUACAGAAUAAAAUUGCAGCUCAUUGUUUGAGCUCCCACCCUGUGUCAAGUUAUGUGCUAGGCUGAUUGACCGCUCUAAAAGAGCUUAUAGUCAAGUGGGGUGGUGGGGGACACAAGCUACUAACUGCAGUGGUCCUCAGACUCCAGCUUGCAUCAGAAUCAGGCGUGGGACUUAUUAAAACACAGACUGCUGGGCCCCAGCCCCAGAGUCUCUGAUCCAGGAGCUCUGGGGUGGGGCCUGAGAAUUUGCAUUUCCAACAAAUUCCUGGAUGAUGCUGAUGCUGCUGGUCCAGGGCCCCACUUUGAGAAGCAUUGAACUGUGACAGUAUAACAGGAUACUAAAUACAACUAUUCCUACAGUUUGGGGAGCAAUGCCCUCAAAUUUGGAGAACAAGUGACAGAUCAGCUAUGCAGAAGAGGCUACGUGUGUGUAAAGCUGCCUUCAUAACGCUUAGCUCACUAAUCCCUUCAAGGCUGUUUAAGUUUAGGCUGGGAAAUGGAUCCGAGAGCCCCGUGGUAAGGGCUACUCUAGAGAUAACCAUCAGAAUACCUUGGUCAAGUGGAGGGGCUUUCAAGAAAUCCAUGUGAUAGGUGUCUCCUGGAAUUUGGGGGGUGUAGGAACUGGUUCCCUGAUACACAGCUGAAAAAUUUAAAAGCACAAGGCCGGCUAGAGAGGUGCAAGCAAAGACACAGGCAGUAUUGGGAAUGGCCUACACUUCCGUGGCUUGCUGGAGCAAAGAUGGGUGAGUUUUUCCCUAGGUCUAAUGGACUAUCAAAAAACCACUAGCCUGGAGUUGUCUUAAAGAAGAUUCUGUCAGAUUCAUAACCCAAAAUAUAAAAUGAUUAUCCACAGGUCCAUACUGAUAUAAACAAAUGAUUGAAUAAAUAAACAAAUGGAUGAGAAUAGACAAAUCUCCCAUGCAGAAGAAUUCCAAAUAAUCUCUGUAGCUACUUUCCUCAAAGUGGUGGAGCAUAACUCCCCCUCCCUCAGUGUGGACUGCACAUAGUGACUUCCUUCUAAGGAGCACAGGGUGGAAAGGGAGAAACAUAGAGUCACUCUCGAGGAGAGAAACCUGACAAACACAACCUCAGUCAGGUGAUCAAGGUCAACAUCCACCGUGAUAAGUCAUGAUAAGAGCAUGUACCCUUGAUACCGUAUGAUGACAAUGCCACUUUACCUCUGUGGUCUUCUUCCCCCGAAGCCCGUAACCCCAGUGUAAUCGUGAAAGAACAUCAGACAAAUCUCAAUUAAAGAGAUUCUACAAUAUAGCUGACCAACAGUCCUCAAAACUGUCAAGCUCAUCAAAACCAAGAAAAGUCUGAGAAACCCUCACAGCUAGAAGGGGCCUGAGGAGACAUAAUGAAUAAAUGCAAUGUGGUGUCCUAGAUAGGAUCCUGAAACAGUAAAAGGAUAUUGAGUAAAAAAAUAAGAAAAUCUGAAUAAAGUAGACUUUACUUAAUAAUGAAGUUUAGAUGUUGGCACAUUAGUUGUGUCAAAUGUCCCAUACUAAUGUAAGAGGUUAACAAUUUUGGGAAACUAGAUAUAGAGUAUAGGGGAACUCUCUGUACUGUCUUUACAACUUUUCCAUAAAUCUAAAACUAUUCUAAAAUUAAAAGUUUGUUUUAAAAAUCAUCCACCCAGUUGAUCAUCUGAGGGGCAAGGUGAGGAUUGGAGGACGAUCCUGCUGGGGGGAUGGGCAUAAGCCAGGGGUGAAGGGAGUCAUUUAUGGCCAGCUGGAAGAAGCUUAGCUUGUUCAGGGAAUGAAAGUAAGAUGGUCUCGGUGGCAGAGGAAGGACAGGGUGGCUCUCUGAAGACCCCACCAAAUCCCCACCAAAGAAAGAACCAACGUUUGGUCAUCAGACAUACACAGUUGGCCUUAACUCCAGAAUACAACCGCAUUAGCCAUGUGACACUAGAACUUUCCGCUGAAUUCACUACUGUCACUCUCACUCCCCUGUGCUCUCCACCCCCAAACAAGCAGUAGCCUAAAUAAGUAGUUACUAAGUGAGAGAGAAAGAGGAGCAAAGAAGAGAGAAGAAACCAACCACCCGUGCACUUGGUAGAAUUUGAAGCCCCCAUGUGGCCUGAAUGAUAAGAAGGGUUAAGCUUUGUGUUGAAUGACAGAAUCAAUUACUGAUAGUUGAUUUGUCUAGACUUUCAGUUUCUACAAGCAUACACCAUUUGUUAAAACUUGAGAAUGAGUGGAAAAGCUACAGGAUCUCCCCAAGACUAUACAGAAGAAUAAAGGGAAAAAACUGUAUUCAAAAGCUCAUGUUAAAAAGGCGUUAAGGACAAAAAAUCAAGUUGCUUUCUGCUUGUAUCCUACUCUGUUCAGCUUGUUCAAAUAACUUGUUACAAUUCAUUGUACUGUGUUCUAUUGAAGAUGUAAGUAGGAGAAGUAGGAAAAAUUAUAGAGGUAACAUUUCAGGUAGAUUGGAGUGAUGAAUAUGAGUUUUCCACUGAGGGGUACUGAAUUAAAGCAAAGGGGAGGAAUUUCCAGGUCGCGUGUGGGUGUGUGCACGUGCACACAUGCACAAGCACACGUACACCCUACAGCAGAACACAGGAGCAAAGGCAGGGGCGUGAUCAGUGCAGGGCAGGCCUGAAGCACAGUUCAGUGCAGCUGGGGGCUAAGGAUAUGUUACCUGUUCCUUGCUAAGAAGAGACUUGCAGUAAAGAAUGUGGUGUAACUUCUCCAAGAGAAAGUUAACAUGGACCUGGCAUGGAGAAGAUGAGGGAAUGGAUCAAAUUGACAUUUCUUGAGUAAAAUGAAUUCCUCCUGGAGAUUUUGUGAUGUGAGGCGUAAAGGAGCAACAGGAAUCAAAGCCAACUUUCCGUUUCAAGACCUGAUAUGGUUGAUUAAUGACACCAAAAAUCAACAUGGGGAAAUCAAGGAGAGCAGGUUGGAUGUGGGUCAAUGUGUGGUUCCAGGUAGUCAGCUCGGUUGGAGACUCUCGGGGACAUCCAGGAAAAACCAUUAUGCCACUCAGAGUGCGAAUUAAUUUCUUAGUAAACUCGUAUGCUUCCUUGUAAGCCUAGCUAAAGCGUGCCUUCCUCUCAAAGCUUCUCCGAUAACGCUUUAUUCUUAUUCUCCUCUAGUCCCUUAUUUCCCUCCAAAGCACAAUCAAUCACUCCGUUCUAUGUCAUCAACACUGAACAAACCUCUAAUACAGUACUUAAAUCAAUGCUUCAUCAGUGAAAGGGAAUUCCUUUCCCUCUAAUUAAAACUUGCUUUUAGAGGAAGAUCUAAUAUAUUUAAUUACUAAUUAAUUAAUUACUAAUGAAUAAGAAGUAAAGAAUUGACAAGUCA